AAUAUAAAAAUAAAGGAAGGCUCGAACUGAUUCCAAGAGACCGGUAUAGGAGACCGGCUCGAGGAACAAUGAGCGGUCGGAGUCCAGGCACUGCCUCGAGCGCUCCCACCACCCGCCUGCUCCUACUCGCCGAGUCCUGCGCGACGAAUUUGCGCGCACGCUAUUUUGCGCAUCUUCCAGUACUUCUAAAUAUGCCUGGCCAGAAUUUCCAAUUUAGUUUCCGGUUUAGUUAAUACUGAUCUAAAGGAAUCGACCAAUCUUGAAUUGACCAAGUGUGUUCGAAAACUUCCCGACGGUUACUCAUCUCUGUAUAUGAAACUUAAAUCAUAAACUGUACUUUAAUGAAAAUGUAAAUGACGGGAUUCUAGGCUAAGGAAGCAUUAGCUACUGAUGUCUAUGCUGCCAAAUCUUGGUUAAUAACAGCAAAGUCUUUAUUUCCACACAGUGUUAAAGUUCAGUUUGAGGCAUAUCGAAUUGAGAAGUUGUCAAAGAAUGUCAAGGAAGCAGCAAAGUGUUUCAGUGAAAUAUUUCAGAAUUUCCCUGACGAUCGUGAUAUAUGGAAAGAAAUUGAAACGAUGAUAGCAUGUCUACGUACAGAACAAUCUGAACCAGAGAGUGAACUACUUUGUCAAAUGUUUAAACAUCUUCCCAAUGAUCUUCAACAUAGAUUACUGAUAAUGACUGCUGACCACAGCGAAGAUACUAUGGAACACUGCAAACUUUUACUCUUACUGCUCCGUAGAUUUCCACAAACAAUUGCUACACAUGGUCCACGUUUAGUAGAAACUCUUUUAACUGCUGAAAAGCACAGUCAUCCAGGACACACAGUAAACGGUUUUAGAAGAUUAUUGGCUUGCGAUGCACUUCCUCUCUUGGGAGCUGCACCAGUGGAACUAAAUCGUCGUUCAAGCUUAAGACUUCUCAUAAAAGCAAUAGAAUUCUAUUUGGCAUAUAUACAACAGCCACCAGAUACACAAAUACAACAACCUUGGGAUAGAUUGUUUCAAGUUGUGGAAUUAAUAGGCAGCAAAUUAGGGUGGGAAUUAUGUGGACUCUUUGCAACACCAUGGAACCGUGAAGCUUAUACUGAAAGUCUACAGCAAUAUGCAAUUACAAAUGCCACUGGUAUGUGUGACGAACUAGUAAUACGCCAAUUGCUUAUUUCAGCAAUAGUUGUACUGCUAAGGAUACUAAAUGAACACUCGACAUUGAUCAACAGUGGUGAAGUUACAUAUUGCCUUGUAGAGGCCUUUGGAGAACCACCAGUCCCAGUUGCAGUAGAACCAAAGAUAAAAAAACGCAAGAGGGAAGAUGUGCCACCUUUGAUGAUAACCAAUGAUGCUGAAUAUAAUGGAAAUGGUAUAUCAUUAGCAGUAAAAUUAUGGGACAUUUUACACAGUACAGAGUAUUUACAAAGGGACACAGCCAAGCUUAUUCAACAAAUGCGACUCGAUAGUUGGCUUAAUCAUUUUCUAACUGAUCUAACCAUGUACAAAGGUUUACAUCAUGAAGCACUAGGGAGAUUAUCCCAAGAAGGUACUAAUCUCACAACUCACUUGAGACUAGCAAGCACUUGCUUUUUCCUCAAAGAUUACAAGGCUAUGCUAGAGUAUAUUGUACUGAUAGCAAGUGUACUACCAACGACUCGUGGCAAACUGUCUAAAAUCUUAACUGUCUCAGCAACAAGACAUUUGCAUUAUCUACCACUCGCAAGGUAUCCCAUUCUACAAUACUGCUGCAGAUUAUUGCUGGCAGCAAUAAAGGAGAAUUUCUCGUUGCCUGGUAGUGCAGCGGAUUUAGCCUUAGGCCAUGCGUUAGUAUUAAUGCAAAUGGAUUGGCCACAGGAAGGAAACACUUUGUGCACUAUCACAGAACGUAUUAUCAGUCGGGGAGCGUUUAGCUAUCCCUUAUUUCAAGCAUAUAUAAUUUGUGUGGAUAUUCUUGAAGAACUGACAUACCUGUGGACGGAACAUGGCGGCGGUGUUUCUUUGGAUAUCGCUACUGGUUCCGGACUUUUGCAAAAUCGUCGUAUCACUACACGUGGAGCUGAUAAGGGUGUUCGUGAAGAAGUCAAACAAGCAAUGAGACGUCAGGCAGCACGCGAUGGUGUUGAUCCGAUUGACGAAUUAAUUCAGAGAUUUAUUCUGAAUGAAAAAGCGGCUAUUUUACACAGUCUGAUAGUUCAAUGAGUGACACAAGUAAAAAAUAUUUUUUAUGAAGGAGCCACACAGAGAUAUAGACUAGACACGAGUGUGAGUAAAGCACUAUAUAUUUUACAAAUCUCAUAUUUAUUAUUAUGAUUUCAACGAAGAGAUUGUAAAGUAUUUGUUAUACAUUUAAUAAAAAUUAUAUGGUAUAUCCAUAGAA